AUGUCCGACCGCGGCUACGUUAAUCUCGUCCGCCACCUCACCCGCCCGACGUCCACCCUCUCGCCGGAGACCCUCCAAGCCUCGAUCGCGCACUACCUCGCCCGCCCACCGUCCCCGCUCCCGGGCACGCCCACCGCACUCACCGCGUCCGUCCUCGGGAGCGCGCUCUUUCGCCCGCACCGGCACGCACAACUCGCCGCGCUCGCGCUCGCGUUCCGUCACGCCGUGCACCUCCGCGUGGGGGUGCUCAAGGAGGCCUCCCGCGGCGACGGUGGCUUCUCGCUCUCUGCCGUUCUCGCCCCGGAGGAGCAUAGUGGGCGGCGCGUCGCAGCGCGGCUCGGGCGGUGGUGCCGCGACGUGUGGGCAGGGUGCGGAGGGAGCGCGCCGCUCGCUCGGCUCGCGUGCGUGGUCGGGCUGUUGUUGGGGUUGGAGGACUGGGAGGCGGAGUUGAAGAUAACGGAGAGGGAGGCGCGGGUGAGGGUCAAGGCGGAGGAAGAAGUCGUGCUUGCAGUCGCGGAGGUAGUGGAUGCGUACGCCCCGGACCCAUCUGGCUGGGGUGUGGACUUCAAGAGGUCGGUGGAAGCAAGGGCGGAGCAUGAAGACCCCUUGGGCCUCGCAAUCACACUCACUGCACAGUGUGCGCCUUUGGUUGCGGCGCAGAGACUGCAAGCUCUGCCACUCCCGGCCAUCUUGGACGUCCUUGUGAGUACCAUUGAACAGACGUUCCGUGGAGGGGCUUUCCUUGUUGGGGCAUCCACCAGUUUCACAUGGAAUACAGAGGGAAAGGUUGCUGCUUCGUCCCCGCCCAACUUCUCAGAUACGAUACGGCAGAUAUCAGGCUCGCCGUAUCUAGCGUCUAUGGCAUCGUACGCCAAAUUCACCUCACUUUCUCUCACCAAUUUGGUAGAGUCAAGACCCGUUCCUGGCUGGCAAACAAUACAGCAAGUGCUAGCUCGUUUCAAACAGCUCACAGCUCGCCUAGAGGAUGACUGGGUGAAAUGUGCACUCGCAAGUGUCACUGGUGACGAACAGUUUGCAGGUAGCAGCAGUCGUGAUCUGACGAAGACGACAUGGUCGAUCCUCAAGACCCUAUUGUUCACCGCCUUGAUGAUUUCUCAGUCGGUUUUGACAGCGGUUGUCUUCGUUUCUCAACCCGAAGACGCUACUGCAGCACCGUCUCCUUUUGCCCUUGCACUCGAGAUCCUUCACAUUCUCUCCAACCUCUCGUUUGUCAUGCCUCAAUUUGGUGGUGUGGCUUCGACCUCGGAAGGAUUACCCGAACUCAAGCGCGCAUUCUACAUGGCACUAGAUGUACUUUCGGAAAGCGAGACUCAAAGCCGAAGGUUUGUGGAGGAACUAUGCGAACGAGAUUCAUCUAUGAGCAAAGGGAAAGGACCGGAGACGAUUCCGCGCCCGCUGCUUAACGCCAAGAAAGCAUUUGCUCUGGCUUGCGCUGAACAGCUUGUGCCCGUUCUACCCGAACUCACGAUCCGUGACCAGGUGUACCCCAUGUGUUUCCCGCAUUUGUGGGAUACUACCCAUCGCGAGACAUAUGAAUCAGCGCAUUCUGUCAUGCUAUCAAUCUUCGCAUCUCACGCGAAGGGCAAAGGUGCGAAGAGCAAAGCUCCAGGACCGGCAUUCGCAGAGAAGGUAGUGCCCCUAUACAGUCGCUGUUUGAUCGAAAACUCGCCAGACGGACAUCUCAGCACGGCGCAGCUCUGUCUGGCAUACGCCGCCCUCGUCCGGAGUGCAGGUUCCUUCGGCUACGGCGCCGUCAACACGACUACUUCCAACCGCACGCCUUCCGACGCCUACCCGCACGCUGACGCGCUGGCAUGGUACUGCGUCGACGCGCUACUAGAUGCUAUACGGCGCACCAGCACCGCGACCGUCCUCAUCCUUCACCUGCACCUGUACUCCAACACCCAAACACCGCGGCCGUCCGCGCACCUACACCGCCUACACCUCGCGCUCGUCGCGACGGCCGCGUCAGUCUCACUCACGUUGCUCCCGCGGCUGCUCACCGAGGUCGCGGCGAUCAUCAUCGCCGUGCCGGACGACGCGGAGGAAAUGCGCACGGAGCUGACCGACGCGCUCUUCAAGAUUGUCGCUGAGGAGGUCGGAGACGCGGAGAAGGCGUACGCCAUGGAUUGGUGGUACGAGCACCGCGACACGCUUGCACGGGGGAGGGCGCCGGUGCGGGACCCAGUGUUCGAGGGCGCGGAGGCGGUUCCUGCUGCUGGGGCGCCGGAUAUCGUGUCUCGUCUUUAG